AUGGUUUCACUUGAUCCUUUCCCGCGUCUUACUGAGUCAGUGGGCAAGUACUUGAGUAACCCUCGCGUGGUUAUUCUGUCUGUAGUAUUGUCAAAGGUCUUUCUGGACCGUGUCUACAAUUAUGCCAAGAUUGCCAAUCCCAAUGCAAAGACUGACUCUGAAGGAAAUGAAACUCUGGAUGUACUCGAAUACUAUUAUCCCACCACUUCCGCUGAAGUGUACGGUCAUUUGAGUAGCUAUGGCCCCAAGGGUAGAAUGGCAUACCAAUCGAUGCUGGUCUACGACAGUGCGUUUCUGCUGUCCCGCACAAUCGUCUUGUGUCUGCUAAUGUACUACGCAUUCCGGUCUGCACCAAAGUGGGCCCGUCCUGGUGUCUGGAUUCCGGUUGCCACGACCAUCUUUGACUUGAUAGAAAACACCUUGAUCUAUGCACUCAUCGCUAUGUAUCCCCGCCGACUCGAUAUCUUGGCCCAAGUGACGGCCUAUGCAAUCAUGUGGAAGUGGUUCUGGCUCUGGGCCACUGUCGCAUCUCUCUGUAUUGGUCUGUUGGCCGGUAUCUACUAUGGAUUCCAUGGUUUGUUGGCCGAGAGUGUGUUGAUGGAGCGUGACAAGGAAAAGCGCGACAUGGCUAAGCGUCAUUUGAGUGCAGCUAUGCAGAGAGCAAAAGAAACCCAGGAUAGAGUCAGGAGAGAGAAUUCGGACAAGACCAAGAAGGAUCGUUAAUAUAUACAUACUUUACAUACACC